AUGGCUGCCACUAACUACGAAGCAGCCAUCGCGCUCAUCGACGAAGCACACGCCCACGAUCCCAAAAUCUCCAUUGUCGAUGGCAAAGAUGUUCCCUAUGAACUCCACUACGCGCGAAAAAUGACACAUUACCUCUCCCUUCGCGCACCAGAUGCCUCUCCUGUUCUGAAAGUUGCCAUCCGCGCACAACACUUCCGUCGAUGGGAGAUACUCCGCGGCUCUUACCCCAUGACGAAAGCCGGAUAUUUGAGCUGGCGUACGUUCUUGAAGAAGCGACAGGCAGAGCUGGCGGUGGCGAUAUGUAUGGGGUGCAAUUUUACGACCGAGGAGGCGGACGAGGUUGCGAAGUUGAUACGGAAGGAGGAUUUGAGGAACAACGAGGAAACACAAAUACUCGAGGAUGUGGCGUGCUUGGUCUUUUUAGAUGAUCAGUUCGAAGCAUUUGAGAAGGAGCAUGACGAGAGCAAGAUUAUCAUGAUACUACGGAAGACUUGGGGAAAGAUGAGCGAGAAGGGUCAUGAAUUAGCUCUGCAAAUUCCCAUGUCCCAGUCAAGCAAAGAAUUAGUUCGGAAGGCGCUAGCUGAAUAA